CGGAAGUCGAGCGUGAGGCUGCACGCAGUGGGGACGACAACGUAAGAGGCGGGGCGUUUGCGAUAAACACAGCCUGGGUGGCGGCGUGUGAGUCUCGCGACCGGAAGUAGGGGUGUUCUGCCAUGGCGGGAGGCUCGGCUGCUGCAGGACGCCAGCGGCUGAUGCGGGAGCUGGAUAAUGGGUCUCUGGAGAUAACACAGAGCAUGGAGGAUGACCCCCUACUUGAAGCCCCCCUUCCACCUCACUCAUUGCAUUCCUGGUUGCGUCCAAAGUUUUAUACUAUACCUACGGUUUGCUUUGCCAACAUUUUGUUGCUGAUACAUGUUACCUUUGUCAUUCUGGCUUUUUUAGCUGGUAUGUUCUGUUCUUAUCCUGAUGCAAGUGAAGAUAUGUGUCCUAGAAGUUACACAUAUCCGCUUAAAGUGCAAACUGCUAUAAUGACUGCCAAGGUAAUUCUCUGGCUUCUACAUGUGUUUCUUGAGCUAUAUAUUCACUACCAUCACAGUAAGGCCAAGCGCAGAGGCUAUCUCUUAAUCUACCAAAACACAAGACAUCUGAAGAGGCUUCCACUGCUAAUUCAGUCUGCAGGUAAUGCGGCAUUACUUCUGAUACUGUCAGUGCAACAUUCCUUUCCUGAUCACAAUAAAUUGUACCUCUGCUUCAUCUUGGCAAUCUUGAGUGUGGAGCUGAUUUGUUCGUUGAUAUGCCUGGUUAUCUACACAGUGAAAGUGAGCAACUUUAACCGGGCAAAACCCAGACCUGACAUCCUAGAAGAAGAAAAGAUGUAUGCGUAUCCUAGUCGCAUUACCUCAGAAGUUGGAUUCAGGGAAGCAUCAGUGUUGGAAGAAAUAGUUGAAAAACAAGGAGAUGUGAUUGAAUACCUUCAGCGGCACAAUGCUCUACUCAGCAAGAGACUGCUGGCAUUAACAUCCCAACAAGCCAGAAGUUAGUGGUGUCCCUUAAACAGUGUGAGAACAUUAUGAGAUAUGCAGGACCAAUAUAGGUACUGAAUGAGAGCAGUAAAUGCUUUGUAUGCAAAUUGAACAGCAGCAUUCCAGGAUCCUCACCAGUUGGAGGUAUUCUGGCUUUGUGCUAAAGCUUCUGGGUACUGACAGGCAUUUUGAAGGAUUUCCUAAAAUUCCUACAAUGCAUAAAACCAUCAUUAGCCAACAGAAAACCUCUUGAGUUUCUUGGGUUCAGACUGAUGCAGAUUACCAAAGAACUCCAUGGUGGUUUUGGAUUCAGUGUUUUAUUAAACAAAUUUGUAGCAAACCUCCUUACUCCUAGUGUCAGAGCAGUGCUCCGUUUUUGUGCAUUUGCAUAAUAAUCAGUAGCUCAUCAUGUAAAUGUUUUAAAAAGGGAUUAAAGAUGAUUAAAAUGAUUAAAAACGGGUACAGAUGAAGACCCUCAAACAGUGACAAACUCUCAUAGGAUAGGCUGCUGGGAAGAGGCCCAGUAUCCUAAUGGCAGUAUUGCCUUUCAAACUGUGCUGACUUGCUGAAAUUCUGUUAGUAUGUGUGUUAGUUAUGCAGCCUUGUAAGGCUAGAGGUGGAUCUGAAAGGGAAUGGACACUACACACACACACACACGAGAUGGAGCAGAGUAGUGUCUAGUCCAAAAUGUACUGUGUAGAUGAGACAUCAGGUAAGGGUGGUAUGUGCUGCAGCGUAUACAAAAAUGAUACUGACACUUUGAAAACUUGUUUUUGACUCCUUUGUUCAAGUCAUGUACUGAGUAACUGCACACAUAGUAAGGAAAUAGCUGCUCAGAUAUUCCAUAUGCCACUUACACAUAUAGCUCAUCUUGACUGCCUGGUUAUCCCUCUUUGUGUCUUCAAAGUAAGGGAUAACUAAGCAUAAUUAAGGGAAGGUAUCAGUGUAUAUUUAAGGACAUCAUAUUAGCAACCAGUAUACAAAUGCUUGCACCUUCUGUUGAUGACUUGGCAUGGAAACAGUGUUUUAAAUAUCUCUAAAUUCUUUGGAGCAAAACCACUUGUGAUGUGUCCUGUAAAUAGGAUACAUUCACAUCUUACAUUUUAUGGCAUAUUUGGCUUGUACAGAACUUGGAUGAUCAAGCAAUUUUUUUUUAUAUGCCUCAGUUAUGCUACAAUAUGAAAUUCACUACAUGCAGUGUGGAGUCCUGCCAUUACUGCUGCUACAAAUUUUUUUUAGUUUAUGGCAGUGCCUCAUCAUUGUCAGUCCUUAAUGUUAGCAUUUUUAUCUCAAAGCCAAGCGGUUCAUAGUCAAGGAAUUUAUAGUUGUUUAUUAGCCUUGAAUGUCUAAUCUCUGGCUUUGUGAAUUCAGCAGAAGCUGUUCUGGGACAUGUCUUGAUCUUAAAUUCUGCAUCUAGUUAUCACCUGCUGUCAGUCUGUGUGCUGUAUUUUUGGCUGCCAAGACUUGUGUGUGUAUACCCUGUCCAGUAUUUCUGUGGGAAGGCAUAUAUUGAAAAGAGUUCUCUGACUAAUAUGGGCUGUGGUCAUCCUUAGGAAGAAUAAGGCAUGCUACCCUGUUAUACUUGAUCUAAACUGACUCUUAAUCCACUGCUCUUCAUUGAGCAGUGCAUUCAGUAAAGGAAGAAAAAGCAAACUGGAAUUGACUGCAUCUAACAUGCCUGUUAUUUUUUAGCAGUGUCUUAAACACAGCUGGGGAUUUUAUAGGUAAGAUAAACAAAUGUGGAUAACUUUAUUUUUAAGCACACUCAGGUGUCAUUGUGAUUUAUGUAAAACUUGUUCUUUACUUUUUGUAAUAAACUCAAUGAAAUAAUAAAUUCAACAAGAUGAUA